AUGGCAGGCCAGGAGCCUCUUUCUUUUGAAGAGGAGUAUCAGCCUUCCGAGUUCGCUCUGAGUGAGCCCAUUGAUCGAGAGCCCGAGGACUCUUGGGACGUGUGCAGUGUCCCUUCAGGUGAUCUUGUCACGAACCUUGCAAAGGAAACACCUUCUUCAAGCCUUGGACCGAAGGGAGAACCCGCGCCUGCCACAACACCUCAACAGAGGGCGGUGGCCUUGGGAGCUUCUCUCUUGUCGCUUGGGGAUCCGGUUCCAUCCUUUGCCUGGGAGUCUGGGUUUUGGGAAAGUUUCUUCAACGACAAGCCCGCAGUAGACAGGAUGGUCCCGGCGCUCAAAUUUCACAGACCAUCUUUCGCAGGUUCGAUAGAAGAGCCGACGCCACCACAGGCCGAGGUCCAGGCUUCUGCUAAGAGGCCCCGCAAGGAGGGCCCUUCGUCUUUCUUGGAAGUUGUCAAAAACAGGAGUGUGAUCUCUUGGAGGGACAAACGUGAAGCAGAGCAUCGCAGAGCAUUGUGCAAGUGGUCGUGCAUCUUUGACAAACUUGAUUUUGAGUCAGACCCUGUCAUUAAAACCAUAGCUUCUUUGCCCGAGACGGAGAAGCUCAACACGCUUGACGAUUACAUGGCAAGAAAGGCUCCUAGCACUUUGACAAAAAGGGCUAACUCGAUUUUGAAAAUUAUCAAGGUCGGCGAAGCCAAAGGGUUGAGGUUCCCAGUGAGUGAGCCGCAGCUUUACGAGCUUCUGCAAGAGGCAAAGACGGGUGGAGCUCUCCCGUCUCAGCUCAGAGGGGUCAUGGAAGGGCUACUCUUCGCUCGACAUGUGUUCGAUAUUGCGGCGUUCAGCCAAAUAGCGAUUAGCAGGCGCUGCUGGGGAGUUGGGGCCUCUCGCAUUGCAAGGACUCCUUCAAAGGCCGCGCCACUGAGAGUGAUCGACCUGGUGGCAUUGCAUCAGGUCCUUGAUUCGAGGUCUAACCCAUGGGACCGCCUCUUCGCCGGCUGUGCACUGUUUUGUGUGUACUCACGAUCCAGAUGGAGUGAUGCACAGCACGUUGAUUCCUUCAGUUUUGACAAAGGUCCUGACAGUCUGAAGGUUUACUAUCUUGAGGCAGUCAUAGACAUCCACAAGAACAUGAACCGGCGCGGGAGGAGCCCAGUGCCUCUCGAGCUUGUUGCGCCGGGCUUGGGGGUGUCCUCAGAGGGUUGGAUUGAGAAAUUCCUUGACGCAAGAACCGCUUUGGGCCUGUCUGCCGAACAUGCCUUCAUGCCUGCUCCUGAUGCCAGUGGAGCCCCGACCAUUAGGGCAUUAGAUUCUGAUGAGUGUGGGGAGUGGUUGCUCAGACUCCUGCCAGACAGGCAGGGCCUUAAGACAACGUCGCACAGCCUUAAAAGGACCAUGCUCAGCUACUGCGCCAAAUGGGGAAUUAGCCACGACGAUCGCUUGGCGAUGGGAGGUCAUAGCCACCCAGGACGCAUGAGUGAUGAGUACGCAGAUGACGCAAUGGCUAGGCCUUUGAGACUCAUUGAGAUGGUGAUCAAAGCGAUCCGAUCAGGUCGGUUUCAUCCAGACUCCACCAGGGCUGGACGUUUCGAGGGAGGAGAGCCCACUUCUGAUCCUGCCGCUCCUCUUCAGGAAGAGCCUGAGCGGGUGCCGCCCGCGAGUCUCGUCACGCACGAAGCUCAGACCAGUGAUAUAGAUCGGAUGUUGGAACACAGUUCGAGUGAUGAGCACAGUCUUGGUGCUGCACCGUCGUUGCCGGGCACCGAGAACAAGCCACUCCCGAAGCAAUCACUUGUAGAAGACGAAAGGCCUGAAGCCGAAGAGGCUGGAAGUGGGCUCCCGACAGACAGUUCAUCCUCAGACUCAUCCAGCUCGAACUCGAGCGCCAGCGCGCCGGAGCCCUCAGUGCGGCCGGUUCGACUUUUGCCUCCGCCAGUGCCUGCAGACGGCUGCAGGUUUGUUCAGCAUGCUAGGUUCAAGACUUUGCAUCUGCAGAGGUUGCGACAUGUCAACAUGACCUUGUGUGGUAGACUCGUGAAGUCCCCGAUCGGAGAACCGGGAAUUUUGAGAUACGACACCCCGGUUUGUCGGGCGUGCAAGAAAGUAGCAGCUGCAGACUGA